AUGGCCAGCAGUAAUGAAUCCUACGAAGAAGAGCAUGUCCACAAGGUCUACCAAGAAAUUGCGCCGCAUUUUUCAUCAACGCGAUACAAACCAUGGCCAAUUGUUGAGAGAUUUUUGAAAGAUAUCCCCAGCGGCUCUGUCGGUUUAGAUGUUGGAUGUGGCAAUGGGAAAUACUUAAAAGUGAAUUCUAAUAUAUUCAUCGUAGCCUCGGAUAGAUCUGGGGCACUAACGAGGUUUGCAAAACAACAUCAACCGCACUCGGCAAUUAUAGCAGACACUCUAAAUCUGCCUCACCCUGACGGUUAUUUUGAUUUUGCAAUUUCAAUCGCAGUGAUACACCAUCUAUCGCUCCCAGAGCGAAGAAUAAGAGCCAUAGCUGCAAUCUUAAAUACCCUAAGACUUCCAACUCCAGAGGAUGCAACUGGGGGGAAGGUUCUUAUCUACGUCUGGGCAUUAGAGCAAAAGGAUAGUAGACGUGGUUGGGAUGCCGAUCAUGAACAAGAUGUAAUGGUACCAUGGGUCUUGAAGACAAGUGAAGAGAAAAAGGCAAAGAAUAAGCCAGCCAGAAACAAAAAUAGGACUGAAUCGGUUGAAACCGCUGCAUGUGAAGCAGUUAAGGAGUCAACGGUAGAGAAGAAAGUGGAGCCGACCACCUACCUCAGGUACUACCAUCUUUAUCGGGAAGGCGAAUUAGAAAGCAACAUUGCCGCUGCAGGAGGAAGAGUUUUGGAGCAUGGAUAUGAAAAAGAUAAUUGGUGGGCCAUCGCAUGCCCAUCACCGCUGCCAUAA